AUGUCCGAUUCGUUCAAUACUUAUGAAAAUGAUUUUCAACUUGCUUUGCAAGAAGCAAAGACAAAGAUAUCACAAGUAGAGUCCGUACAGGGAGAACAACGUCAAACGUACCUUAAGGCAAUUGAAGCAGCAACAGACGAAGCAUUGGAAUUGCUCGAUCAAAUGUCAAUUGAAGUGCAAAACUUGCCCACUACUCAACGGUCAUCUUACAACACCAAAAUCCGUCAAUACCGGACCCAAAUUGAUGAUGCUAAAUCCAAAUACAAAAAACUUGCUGACGUUCAGGAUAGGCAUGAACUCUUUGGGUCUAGGUAUCGCGAUGAUGGUGAUGACAACCCCCUCAAUGGGGUUUCGGACUCUCAACGUAAACAAUUAUUAAACAAUCAAUCGUCUUUGGAACGGUCGUCGCAACGAUUACAAGAUAGUCAAAGAAUUGCUUUGGAGACGGAGAGUAUUGGUGGCAAUAUCUUGAAUGACUUGAGGUCACAACGUGAACAGAUUGGUGGUGCUAGAAAUACAUUGAUGCAAGCUGAUACUUAUGUUGAUAGAAGUAUUCUGACUUUGAAGAGUAUGGGGAGGAGAUUGACUGCUAAUAAAUUUAUUAGUUAUGGUAUUAUUGCGGUGUUGAUUUUGUUGAUAUUUUUAGUUCUUUUUAGCAAGUUUUCUUAG